ACAUGGAGAGGGGCAGGAUGGAUGUUACAGCGGGCAAAAACAAAGCAGAGGUCGCGAAAGCUCGCUGGAAGCUGCUGGGACAGGCCUUAAGAAAAAAAGCCCUGGAUGAUGAGAAUUUGAAGAAAGUGUCUGUAAGAAGGUUCAAUUCAUUUUGUCUGUUCUCAAAGACUAAGGUGGAAGAUGAGGCAUCAGGAUCUGAUUGUCAAACUUGGUUCAAGUACACCAGCAUCCAUUACCCACAGUAUUGUCUGCUUUUAAGGCACAAUGCAGGAGGCUUAAAUGUUUCUGAGAUUUUGACAAGUUUUGACAACACUGGGAAUGUGUGUAUCUGGCCUUCUGAAGAAGUUUUGGCAUACUACUGUUUGAAAAACAAAGACUUGUUCAGGGACCUUGCUGUGUGUGAACUAGGGGGUGGCAUGACAUGCUUGGCUGGUCUCAUGGUCGCUAUUUCUGCAGAUGUCAAAGAAGUCAUGUUAACUGAUGGAAAUGAAAAGGCCAUCAAGAAUGUAGCUGAUAUCAUCCGAAAUCACAAAAACUCUGAAGCGUUUCAAGCCCAAUCGGUAUCCAGCAGUGUUCUACGAUGGGAUAAUGAGACAGAUGUCUCUCAACUGGAAGGACAUUUUGACAUUGUUAUGUGUGCUGACUGCCUGUUUCUGGAUCAGUACAGAGCUUGCCUGGUUGAUGCAAUAAAGAGAUUACUCCAGCCCAGUGGUAAGGUGAUUGUACUUGCUCCAUCAAGAGGAGACACUUUAAAUCAGUUUUGCAAUCUGGCGGUAGUGGCGGGAUUUUCUGUCCAAAGACUUGAACAUUAUGAUGAAUACAUUUCAUAUUUCCACUCCAAGCUUAAAGAAGAAAACAGUGAUGUUUAUGAUGAAAAUAUCCACUAUCCAAUCCUUAUUAUUCUCACCAAGAUGAGAUAAAGAAGGUCCUCUAUGAAAACCCAAAAUGUACACUUCAAUAAUAUGAUUUGCCCACUUAAACCAACACAUUUUAUAUUUACCAAAAAAAUGUUUGUUUAAAAAGAACUGUCAGUUUUGCAUUUUCUUUUAAAACGUUUUAAUUACUGUAUUGUUUUUGGUAUUUUCUGUAUCUCUAAGAACCUUAUAAUCAUGUAAUCUGAAAGUUCCUUGUUAUCUUUGCAUUUUUUGUACAAACAUAGCUACAUAACACGAUACAAAUGUAGGAAUUCAGAUGAACCACAAUUGUAUUUUAACAUAUACAUUUUAUUAGGUUGACUUAACUUACAUUUUUACUUAAUCAUAAUUUGUUUGUGCCAAGGUAGAUGAAAAAUAUUCUUUGCUAAUUUAUUUUUUAUUUUUGUGUU